GCCUCGAGUUCUGCUGGCUCCAAUCUGAGCUGGAUGUUGGGGUUGCGCGAGCGCUUCGGAGCCUCACCCGGAAGCUGUUGUCUUAAGAGAGCCGCGCGAAGAUGCGAAUAUGAACCCUUUAACUAAGGUGAAGCUGAUCAACGAACUGAAUGAGCGAGAGGUUCAACUUGGGGUGGCAGAAAAGGUGUCUUGGCACUCGGAAUACAAGGACAGCGCCUGGAUCUUUCUUGGAGGGCUUCCUUAUGAACUGACAGAAGGAGACAUCAUCUGCGUGUUCUCACAAUAUGGGGAGAUUGUCAACAUUAAUCUUGUGAGAGACAAGAAGACUGGGAAAUCCAAAGGAUUCUGUUUCCUGUGCUAUGAAGAUCAGAGGAGCACAGUUCUGGCUGUUGAUAAUUUCAAUGGCAUUAAGAUUAAAGGAAGAACUAUCCGUGUGGACCAUGUAGCUAACUACCGGGCCCCUCAGGAGUCAGAAGAUGUGGAUGAUGUAACUAGAGAGCUUCAGGAGAAGGGCUGUGGGGUUAAAACACCCCCAUCAAGUCCUCCUGAAGUCUCUGAAGAUGAAGAUGCCAAACUCUCAAAAAAGCACAAAAAAGACAAAAAAGAGAAAAAGAAAAAAAAGAAAGAAAAAGAGAAGACUGAACGCCAGGUCCAAGCAGAGCUGCCAUCCUGCUCCAGAAGCACAACAGUAAAGGAAAAGGAUGAGCAUAGCUCGAAGAAGCACAGCAGCAAGACCUCAGAGAGAGCACAGAAGUCUGAAUAUAGAGAGAAGAAGAAGAGUCACUCAGGUUCCCCUGAUGUCAGGAGUUCCUACCAUGGUAGGGUAGAGGACCCUGAGUGGGAAGCAAAGAAAGAGAAACCCAAGCAUGAGCAUAAGUCCUCUAGCAGGAGGGAGGGAGAAGAAAAGAGCAGAGAUAAGGAGAGAGGGAGGAGCUCAGGUACUCAUUCCAGCAGGCACGGUGGGCAUUCUGAAGGGCGGAGUCAUAGAAGUAGAAGUAGGAGUCCAGAUAAGUCCUAUAGGCACAGAAAGCAUAGGCACUCUCGGGAGCGCGACUCCUUCCAUUCCAGUGACCAUAGACGUUACUGAAGCCUGUUCCAGCUGCCCAGUUCUCUGAAAAUCAGUUUUGUUGCAUAAU